AUGCCGCGAAACAAAGCCGUCGAAGAGACGGAUAAACAAAUCCGAAUAGCUAUUGUGAAUAAUGAUAAAUGUAAGCCCAAAAGAUGUCGUCAAGAAUGCAAAAAAUCUUGUCCUGUCGUGAGGAUGGGCAAAUUAUGUAUAGAAGUAACACCAAAUGAUAAAAUAGCUUCAAUAUCAGAAGAAUUAUGUAUUGGUUGUGGUAUUUGUGUCAAAAAAUGCCCAUUCGAGGCAAUAACUAUCAUUAAUUUGCCUAGCAAUUUGGAAAAGGAUACUACACAUAGGUAUUCCAAAAAUUCAUUUAAAUUGCAUAGAUUACCUACACCAAGACAGGGUGAAGUCUUAGGUUUGGUUGGAACUAAUGGUAUUGGAAAGUCUACUGCAUUAAAAAUACUUGCCGGCAAACAAAAACCAAAUCUUGGACGUUUUUCAGAUCCACCCGAUUGGUCUGAAAUAUUAAAUCAUUUUAGAGGGUCAGAACUACAAAAUUAUUUUACCAAAAUUUUAGAAGAUGAUUUAAAAGCAAUGAUAAAACCUCAAUAUGUUGAUCAAAUUCCCAAAGCUGUUAAAGGUACUGUUCAACAGUUGUUGGAUAAGAAGAAUGAACGGAAUAAUAUUGAAGAAAUAUGUGAUUUCCUUGAGUUGGAUAAGAUAAGAGAUAGAUCCAUUGAACAACUUUCUGGUGGAGAAUUGCAACGUUUUGCAUGUGCAAUGGUCUGUAUUCAAAAUGGAGACAUAUUUAUGUUUGAUGAGCCUUCUAGUUACCUUGAUGUUAAACAGCGUUUAAAGGCUGCUUUAACUAUACGGUCCUUAAUUGCUCCUGAUAAAUACAUUAUCGUAGUAGAGCACGACUUAUCAGUGUUAGAUUAUUUAUCUGAUUAUAUUUGUGUCCUUUAUGGAGUACCUGGAGCUUAUGGAGUUGUCACUAUGCCUUUUUCAGUACGUGAAGGCAUCAACAUAUUUUUGGAUGGUUUUGUGCCAACUGAAAAUCUUCGUUUCCGAGACGAAAGUCUUAUUUUUAAAGUCUCAGAAAGUGCUACUGAAGAAGAAGUUAAACGCAUGACUCAUUAUGAAUAUCCAGAGAUGUCAAAAACAUUGGGCAAUUUUUAUUUGAAGGUGGAAACAGGACAAUUUACAGAUUCUGAAAUUUUGGUUCUGUUGGGUGAAAAUGGUACUGGAAAAACAACAUUCAUUAAACUUUUGGCCGGUAUUAUGCCAGCCGAUGGUGCCAAAGUUGAAUUACCAAGGUUGAAUGUAAGCUAUAAACCUCAAAAAAUUAGUCCUAAAAGUCAGUGUAUGGUGCGAGUACUUUUACAUGAAAAGAUUCGAGAUGCUUAUAUACAUCCACAGUUUAUAACAGAAGUUAUGAAACCAUUAAAAAUUGAUGAUAUUAUGGAUCAAGAAGUUCAAAAUUUGUCUGGUGGAGAAUUACAGAGAGUUGCUAUUGCACUUUGUUUAGGGAAACCUGCAGAUAUAUAUUUAAUUGAUGAACCAUCUGCUUAUUUGGAUUCAGAACAACGUUUAGUGGCUGCUAAAGUUAUUAAGCGAUUCAUUUUGCAUGCUAAAAAGACAGGAUUUGUGGUAGAGCACGAUUUUAUUAUGGCAACUUAUUUGGCGGAUCGAGUUAUUGUAUUGGAAGGCCAACCAUCAGUAUCAUCUACAGCAGAUACUCCUCAAGGAUUAUUAGCUGGAAUGAACAGAUUUUUGGAGCUACUCGGAAUUACUUUUAGAAGGGAUCCUAAUAACUUCAGACCUCGAAUUAAUAAAACAAACUCUGUGAAGGAUGUGGAACAAAAAAGAGCUGGACAGUACUUCUUCCUGGAAGAUUAA